GUCGAUGCUCACAUUUAGUUUAUUACACAGACAGGAAUUCAUCAAAAAAAUUCCACUUGAUUCAAGAAAAGAAAAACUGGACAGAAGCUCAGAGUUACUGCAGGAAAGAACACACAGACCUAAUCAGUGGACUGACACAGCUCCAGGAUGAGGAGGUAAAGACAGAAUGCAGUUCUGUUGCAGGUGGUACAUACAUUUUAAUCGGUCUGUUCAGAGACACCUGGAGGUGGUCAGAUGGAAGCAGUUUCUCCUUUAGACACUGGAAUCUACAGUUUGACUAUCAGAUAAUCAACAGUGGUCAAUGUGCCAUGACUGUGUUUGAUGAAGAAGGCAGAUGGAGGAAUGAGAACUGUGCUCACAGAAAACCCUUCAUCUGUUAUGAUGAUAGAGUGAUCCUGAUCAAAGAAAAGAUGAACUGGAAGGAUGCCUUAUCCUACUGCAGAAAUCACCACCAUGACCUGGUCACCAUCACCAACCUGGAUGAGCAGAGAUGGGUCCAGGAGAAAGCCAAGAACGCCUCAACUCCUUUUGUUUGGAUGGGACUGCGCUACAACGGCACUGGUGUCUGGUUCUGGGUCUGUAAGGAGAGUUUGGUCAGCAAUACGAGCCAGGCGUCAGAACGAUGGACGAAUGAUCAUCACAUUUCUGGAGCCAUGGAUGCAGGAGGACAGCAUAGGUGGUUCCAAAGAAAUGACACAGAGGAGUUGAAUUUCAUCUGUUCUAAGGUUUAAAGCUCAUUCUGCUCUCUGGUAACAUGGGUUUAAUUUUAUCUACAAGAGUUUCUGUCUUUUAGC